AUGCGGUGGCUCCUGGUUCCCACCAUCUUCAUCAUCCCUUAUACUCAACAGUUUUCCCACAGCCCACCAGAGCAGCCUGGAGAUAAACCUUCAGAAACUGGUGAAGUUCAGCGCAAGGAGGUUUGCCGCUGGCCGUGCCGAUGCCCACCGGUGCCAGCCUGCACCCCCGGGGUCAGCCUGGUGAAGGAUGGCUGUGGCUGCUGUAAGGUCUGUGCCAAGCAGGCAGGAGAGCCCUGCAAUGAAGCAGACGUCUGUGAUCCCCACAAAGGGCUCUACUGCGACUACUCGGAAGACGAGCCUAGGUAUGAAACAGGCGUGUGUGCAUAUCUGGUAGCUGUAGGAUGUGAGCUCAAUGGAGUUUAUUACGCCAACGGGCAGACCUUUCAGCCCAACCGGCUAUAUAAGUGCCUGUGUGUCAGUGGUACAAUCGGAUGUACCCCUGUAUUCACACCAAGAUUAGCAGGAAGCCCCUGUACCAGGGUCCCAGGCAGCAAGAAGCCAGGACAAUCCAUCUGUGGCCUGGGACAGCACAAGCAACUUCAAUCAAGCAACUACAGACUGAUGUCAGCUUACAGAAGCUUACCACUAGUUUUGAAGAAGAAGUGCCUCAUACAGGCAACUCCCUGGACACCCUGUUCCAGUACCUGUGGCAUAGGCAUAUCCAGCAGAGUGACCAACGACAACCGAAAAUGUGAAAUGAAAAAAGAAAAGAGAUUAUGCUUCAUCCAGCCUUGUCUGACCAAGAUGCUGAAGAAAAUAAAGAUUCCAAAGGGAAAAACAUGUCAACCAACUUUCCAGCUUCCAACAGCAGAGAAGCUAGUUUUUUCUGGAUGCUCAACUACGCAAAGAUACAAACUAACUUUCUGUGGAGUGUGCUUGGACAAGAGGUGCUGCAUACCUAACAAGUCCAAAAUGAUCACUGUACAGUUUGAGUGUCCCAAUGAAGGCUCCUUCAGGUGGAAGAUGAUGUGGAUAACAUCAUGUGUGUGUCAGAGGAUUUGCAGUGCUCCAGGAGAUAUAUUUUCCCAACUCAAACUUCUAUGACAAAGUACACCAUUGACUGUAACACAUGGAGUGCAACAGUACAUUCAC